CAAUCAAUUUUAACGUAACUUGGCAUUCAAGUUUGUGCGUAUCUGUGGAUCACUCACAUUUGUGAUUUAAUUAUUAAGUAUUAAAUUAAUAAUGAAAAUUAAUAUAUAACGUGUAUUUCAACAUGUUCAUAUUUAUUUUAAAACUAUUUUCUAUGGUUGCUGCCAUACAAAUUUUAGAAGCGACAGAAGAAAAAGUUUCAAGACUCAAACGGCAAAACGAGGGGUGGGACUGGAGUUACGUCGAUUCACUAGCGUCAACGCCUUAUGUAAAUAACGAAAGACAAAUAGCUACGGAGUCGACAACUACGCCCAAACCAUCAACUACAACCACGCCAACCACAUCUUCACCGGAACCAUGCCUCGAACCACCAUCAGUCCAACCAAACUUUGCAGCUGUUGGCCGCAGAAUAAGUAUAACAAAAUGCUACGAAUAUAUCUGGCAGUUAAAAGAUCGAGUAGAUGGAAUUGAGAAAGAUCGAAGAUGUGCCCAAUAUCGAUCAAAAUUUUGGGGUAAUCGCUUCGUCAUCGGAGGUAGAGUCACAGAACCCGGAGAAUUCCCUCACAUGGGCGCUAUAGGCUGGAGGAGCGUCACGGAUACGUGGUUAUUCAACUGCGGGAGCACCCUCAUUAGCCCCAAGUUUGUACUAACCGCCGGUCACUGUACAAAAGCAUCCCCGAGAGAUUCCAGAAUUGCGGACGUAGUUCCAAAGAUCAUAAGAUUUGGUGUUAAGAAUGUUAUUAAUAUUGAGGAUUCUAUGGACAUAAAUAUCUCUAGAAUCAUACCACAUCCACAAUACAAGCCUCCGAAGCAAUAUUUUGAUAUAGCCUUAAUGGAAUUGGAGAAAGUAGUGACAUUCAGCAAAGUGAUACAACCAGCAUGUUUGUGGAGCAAAGAUGAUGAAAGUUUUGGAAGCAAAGCCACUGUCACUGGAUGGGGUGUUUAUAGAAAUGGCAAUCGCAACACAUCUGACGAGCUACAGGCGGGUGAAGUGAACAUAAUAGAUUCCCAUAACUGCGACGAAUUCUUGAGAUCUUCAUCCAACAGGCACUGGGUCGGAAUAAAGGAUCACCAGCUCUGCGCCGGGAAACUGGAAGGUGGUGUUGACGCCUGUCAGGGUGACUCAGGAGGCCCCUUGCAAGUGAAGAUCCCAUUGCCAGAACCAUACAGUAACCGUGAAGGAACCAUGCACUAUGUCGUCGGAAUCACAUCGUUCGGUGUCGGCUGCGCACUGCCAAACUUGCCUGGGGUCUACACAAGGGUGUCCAGUUUUAUUGACUGGAUCGAAAACAUUGUUUGGGUGAAUCAAUAAAUAACAUAUUUUAA